AUGGAUAUUGCUUCGCUGCUCAACACUCCUCCAAUAUCUCCUCAUUGUUCUAGUGGAGAGUCCGAUAAGACCUGCGUCCAGAUCAAGCCUCAAUCAACUGGCACAACCUGGUCUCUGGGAGAGGCUAAUUUGGCAGCUACACUCAAAGCUCAGGGAAAGUCUUGGGAUGAUAUUAGUCGCGCGCUCCCUGGUCGGUCUGCUCAUGCUUGUUCUGAGUAUGAUCGUCGCAAUAAUCCCCUUGACCAUAGGAGGCGCUGGUCUCCAGAGGACAUUGCGCUCCUAGAUAUCAUGGUAGGAAACAGGACGCCAUGGACAGAAAUAAGUGAGAAACUAGGACGGGGAAUAGCUGCCUGUCGUAUUCGGUAUAAGAGACUCAGCAGAGCUAGAGACCUGGCCAGAGAAAAGGAGAACUGGGUCGAAUUUAUCCCUCAGAAUAAGCCAUUAUCGAUCCAUGAGCGAAACCCCUCUCAGGGCCAGGGGGAUGCACCAAGCAAGAGUAACUCUCCUGGAUUCGCAGCAACCUCGCCAGUGUUCUCCCCUGGGCCAGUCAGGCUCACGCUAGAAGAGGAGCAGGCGAACGAUGCAUAUUGGGACAACUAUUUUAAUGUACCGAGUCCUGAACCAAUGAAGGAGUCGUUUAAUUCUUGGUGGAAUAGACUCUAUCGGAAGCAGGAUCACGAAGCAGGUGCCGACCAUACUAUGGAAAUCUCUUCCCCCAUCAAUGCUAGGGCAUCUAUACAAUCGCCUAUAGGAUGGGAGGCCGUCUCUACAGCCUUGCUAAAUGUGGGAUCCCAGAAUUCGACAAAUUUUCUUAAUGAACCCACUCUAGACGAGGUAGGAACGCGUCUUGAUUAUCCGGACAAUACACAUAUCAACACAAAAGGACUUGGCCCGCAGUAUUUUGAACUUUUUAACUGGGCUCGAAACCACCUUACUCAACUUAUCCCAGUUCUUGGUCCUGUCCUGAGGGAUCGUCUUGCUUAUGAACAUGCUCGCCGAACCAAGCGAUUAGAUGAGAUAAAACAGGAACAUGUCAACGCCAUCAUACAAGGGAAAUGCAAGUCUGGCAGAUACUGUUGUGCUCGACAUGAUCACGUUCAUGUUGAAUCAGGCUACAAAACAGGUCAUCCGUGGGUCCAAGGACAAUCGGUUGCUGAGGAACAUCUUUGUGGUACCCCGCGCCCGCUACUGUCGGUCAAUAUGUUCCCGGCGGAGUUUGAAUGCCCCCUGUGCUUCAAUGUGAAGAAAAUCAAGACUCCUUCAGACUGGACUAAGCAUCUAUUCGAGGAUAUACAGCCGUUUAUAUGCACCUUCCCAGACUGUGCUAAUCCUGGACCCUUUAAACGAAAAGCUGACUGGAUCCGACAUGAGAAUGAGCGGCACCGACAGCUUAAGUACUGGGAAUGCUCUCUCCCAGGUUGUGAGUACAAGGCUUAUCGAAAGGAUAAUUUCGUGCAGCAUCUCGCCCGAGAGCACGAUAUGAUGCCUAACUCGAGAUACCCUAUACAUCACCCGACGCGGCAGGUUGACGAGGUUUCGGAAUUUGUGGAAAGCUGCAGCCACAAAACGACUAAAAAUCCUCAAGAGGAACCCUGCCGAUUCUGUGGCGGAAUCUACAUGGACUGGACCAGGCUCAUCAAGCACGUAGGCGAGCACCUGGAGGUUAUAGCACUUCGUACUCUUAGAUAG